UCUUUGCUAUAUUCGUACCCUGCCUUUUGUCGCUUUGACAACUACCUCGUGUUUUUGGUCUUCCCUUUUUCUGCAACACUCAUCAAGUACGGAAAAUUUUACAGAUUACUUUGCGCAAAGUUCAUUUAACUAUUUGGAUAUAAAUUGUUCAACAAAAUGUCUGUAGAAGUAACAAAAGUAGAGACCACCGUCAAUGCGGAGGAGGGUGUUGAAAAUGCGGCAGCCGAGGCGACAGCUCCGGCCGCUACCGGUGAGGAUGUAAAAAAACAAAAGAAGCCUAAACCAAAUAAUAAAAAAUUGCGUCAAGCUGAGGCAGCGGCGAAAAAGGUUGAUGGUGAAAAUGGCGAAACAGUAAAUGCGGUUGCUAACGGCGAGUCUAAAGAGGAAGCAGAGAAUGCAACAAAUGCAAGCGAAGGUGAUAAAAAGACAGCACCAAAGAAGAAGAAUAAAAACAAAAACAAAGCUGGUAAUAAGAAAGUGCAAACUAAUCCACCAAGUAUACCAAUUGCCGAACUCUUCCCGGAUGGCCAAUUCCCGGAGGGUGAGAUUUUACACCAUCCCACACCUAAAGAUUUGCCCGAUGAUCGCACUGCCAAGGAUCGUUUUACUUCGGAAGAGAAACGCGCUUUGGAUCGCAUGCAUAAUGAUAUCUAUCAGGAAUUACGUCAAGCCGCCGAGGCACACAGACAAACUAGGCAGUACAUGCAAGGUUACAUUAAACCCGGCAUGACUAUGAUACAGAUUUGCGAGGAAUUGGAGAAUACUGCACGCCGUUUGAUUGGCGAAAAUGGGCUGGAGGCUGGUUUGGCAUUUCCCACCGGUUGCUCGUUGAAUCAUUGUGCUGCACAUUACACGCCAAAUGCUGGCGAUACGACUGUCUUGCAGUAUGAUGAUGUUUGCAAAAUUGAUUUCGGCACACACAUUAAGGGACGCAUUAUCGAUUGCGCCUUCACAUUGACAUUUAACAAUAAGUACGAUAAACUCUUGCAAGCGGUCAAAGAAGCCACCAAUACGGGUAUCAAAGAGGCCGGUAUUGAUGUGCGUCUAUGCGAUGUUGGCGCUGCCAUACAAGAAGUUAUGGAAUCAUAUGAAUUGGAGUUAGAUGGCAAGACAUAUCCAAUCAAGUCAAUAAGAAAUCUGAAUGGCCAUUCCAUCAGUCCAUAUCGUAUUCACUCUGGCAAGACUGUGCCAAUUGUCAAAGGUGGUGAAUCGACACGCAUGGAAGAGAAUGAGUUCUACGCUAUUGAGACUUUCGGUUCAACCGGUCGCGGUCUCGUGCAUGACGAUAUGGACUGUUCGCAUUACAUGAAGAAUUUCGAUGCACCAUUCGUGCCAUUGCGUUUGCAAUCGUCCAAACAGUUACUCGGUACAAUCAAUAAACAUUUUGGUACGUUGGCGUUCUGUAAACGUUGGUUGGAUCGUGCCGGUGCCACCAAGUACCAAAUGGCGUUGAAGGAUCUGUGCGAUAAGGGUGUAGUGGAAGCUUAUCCACCACUCUGCGAUAUCAAGGGUUGCUACACAGCCCAGUACGAACAUACAAUUAUGUUGCGCCCAUCAUGUAAAGAAGUUGUAUCGCGUGGCGAUGAUUAUUAGUACAUACAUAUAAAGCAAAAACAAAAACAAAUAUGUACGCGCAUUCGCUAAAUUUUAAUGUAAAAAAGGAAGUAUGCAAAUUGAAUUUGUUUUAAUAAUUAUAAUUUUAUCUAGUACUGCUCAAUGAAAUUAACACGUGAAGUUUACCAAAAUUUGAAAUUAUUUUCCUUAAAUGUGUAUAACACUCAAAAUACUAAGAAUUGGCAAAAGAAAAACGCUCUAAUCAUCUAAAAAUCGCUAAAAAACAUUGUUAAAUUAUUAUUGGAAAGAAAAAUUCUUUGAGCAUAAUAUACCAAUACAUGAAACGCAUACGUGAUCAAGUGAUCAAUUCGAUCUAAAAAAAUGUUUAUAUCUGCUUCUUAGUAAUCAAUUUUGUAAUACAUACAUACAUGCAUAAAGCAUUGAAGUUAAAAAGAAAAAGUAAAAUAAAGCAUGUUUAUCAACAAACCCAAAUGAAAAGUUACAUUCAA